CCUCCUAGCCACCAACCGUGCCCUGUCUGUCCUUUCUGCAGCCCCCCUCUGCCCCACAGCCAGGCUGACCGCUAUGACCUCAGCUGGGACCAGCGGCUGAACCUCGCCUACGUGGGCGCCGUCCCUCACGGUGGCAUCAGGCAGGUCCGCACACACUGGCUCCUGGAUCUUGUCACAGCCAGGAAGUCAUCUGGGCAGGACCUGAGCUACAACUUUACCCACUUGGACUCCUACCUGGAUCUCCUCGAGGAGCACCAGCUCCUCCCUGGUUUUGAGCUGAUGGGCAGCCCCUCGGGACACUUCACUGACUUUGAGGACAAGCAGCAGGUGUUUGAGUGGAAGGACCUCGUCUCUCUCCUGGCCAGGAGAUACAUAGGGAGAUACGGACUGGCACAGGUUUCCAAGUGGAAUUUUGAGACCUGGAAUGAACCGGAUCACCAUGACUUUGACAACGUGUCCAUGACCGCACAAGGCUUCCUGAACUACUAUGACGCCUGCUCCGAGGGCCUGCGAGCGGCCAGCCCUGCCCUGCGGCUGGGCGGCCCUGGCGACUCCUUCCACCCCCUGCCUCGAUCGCCGCUGUGUUGGAGCCUCCUGGGUCAUUGUGCUAACGGCACCAACUUCUUCACUGGGGAGGUGGGCGUUCGGCUGGACUACAUCUCCCUGCACAAGAAGGGCUCAGGCAGCUCCAUCGCCAUCCUGGAGCAGGAAGUGGCCGCCGUGCAGCAGAUACAGCAGCUCUUCCCCAAGUUCAAGGACACCCCCAUCUACAACGACGAGGCAGACCCACUGGUGGGCUGGUCUGUGCCACAGCCUUGGCGGGCAGACGUGACCUAUGCAGCCAUGGUGGUGAAGGUCAUCUCACAGCAUCAGAACCUCCUGGUUGCCAACUCCAGCUCCUCCUUCCGGUACGCUCUCCUCAGCAACGACAAUGCCUUUCUCAGCUACCACCCGCACCCGUUCUCCCAGCGCACACUCACGGCGCGCUUCCAGGUCAACAACACCUGCCCGCCGCACGUGCAGCUGCUGCGCAAGCCGGUGCUCACCGCCAUGGGGCUGCUGGCCCUGCUGGACGGGGAGCAGCUCUGGGCCCAGGUGUCGCAGGCUGGAGAGGUGUUGAGCAGCAACCACACAGUGGGCGUUCUGGCCAGCGUCCACCACCCCAAGGACACUGCUGAUGCCUGGCGUGCCACAGUGCUGGUCUACGCGAGUGAUGACAUCCGUGCUCACCCCAACCACAGCGUCCCUGUGUCCCUGGACCUGCACGGAGUGCCCCCCGGGUCGGGCCUCGUCUAUGUGGUGCACUACCUGGACAACCAGCUCUGCAGCCCAGACCAUGUGUGGCAGCGCCUGGGCCGGCCAGUCUUCCCGUCGGCCGCGCAGUUCCGCCUCCUGCGAGCAGCUGAGGACCCCGUGGUUGCGGUGCCGCACCCCUUUCCCAGCGGGGGCCGCCUGGUCCUGCACCGCGAGCUGCCGCUGCCCUCCCUCCUGCUGCUGCACGUGUGCGCACGCCCCUCCAAGCCCCCCGGCAAGGUCAGCCGGCUCCGUGUGCUGCCCCUGACUCACGGGCAGCUGGUUCUGGUCUGGUCGGAUGAGCUCGUGGACUCCAAGUGCCUGUGGACAUAUGAGGUCCAGUUCGCCCAGGAUGGCAAGGUGUAUACGCCCAUCAGCAGGAAGCCGUCGACCUUUAACCUCUUUGUGUUCAGCCCAGACUCUGCUGUGGUCUCUGGCUCCUACCGGGUUCGAGCACUGGACUACUGGGCCCGACCAGGCCCCUUCUCAGACCCCAGGUCCUACCUGGAGGCCCCUGCCCCCCGAGGACCCCGGAGUCCCGGGUUCUCCUGAGCCUGUGCUGGCUGUGAGCCCAGCCGAGAUGGACUAGACUGCCACUGGCCAGUUAGCUGGCCAUCGGAUACUUUUGUGCCCACCUCCAACCCCCAGCCAUUUAAAGUACCUUUCCGUG